CCCCAAGUUCACUGAGCCUUGAGGAUUUCGGCAAACUUUUCUCAGUAUCUUGGUUCUGAAAGGAAUAUGGGCGUUGAACUUGAAUCCUUUGCAGGGAACCUUCUCUCCUCCAGCGGUUUAUUUAUGUGAGACUACGAACAGUGCGCGUCUUUGUGUGCAGCGGUCUGAAGUCUCUUGAGACUCAUCGAGCAUAUUUCGCAUUUGGAAAUCAGCUUCUCGGCUGCUUCGUUCGCGCUGCCACUUUUCUCUCUAAAGAAACAACGUUUUAAAAUGCUUUUCUCUGCAUUUAUUCAAGAAUUUAUUUUAUAAAGAGACUAUUGUUUAUGACUGAGCCUUUACUGAGGCCUAUCAUAACGUUUCACUUGAUGAUAUUAGCUAAUGAAUGAGGAUUCAUUCUUACCGACAAGGUGCCGAAUUUUUGAAGACUUUUUAUUGCUUUUUCAGAGAAGAUGUGUAGCCUUCCCAUGUUGCUGGUUAUAAUAUUGUUUGCCCUGAAGAUCCAUACAGUGCAUCCAGGCAAAUGUCCCAAGUUCUGUAUCUGUGACAACAUCCAGCUCACAGUUGCUUGUGUCAACAAGAAUCUCACUGAGGUUCCACCUACCAUUGAUGAGAUAACAGUGAAACUGGACCUGAGAGGAAAUGACCUGCAGGAGCUUCCUACAGGGGCGUUCACACACAUACCUUACCUCACCCAUCUGUCUCUGCAGAACAGCAACAUCCAAAGAGUUCGGGAAGGAGCUUUCCGCAGACUUGGCCGGCUGGUCUUUCUUAACCUGGCCAACAACAAGAUUGAGAUCCUGUACCAGGAGUCAUUUGAUGGGCUUUCCUCACUGAAGCAGCUGAUUAUUGACCGAAAUAGAGUGGAGGAGAUCCAGCCUGGGGCUUUUUCACAGCUUGGCGUUCUCAACCUCCUCUCCCUCACACACAACCAAUUGGUGUACAUUCCUAACAUGGCAUUCCAGGGCUUGCAGAACAUCAAAUGGCUACGUCUCAGUCAUAAUUCCCUCAAUUAUUUGGCCACAGAGGCGUUUGCUGGGCUCUUCACUCUUACUCGUUUGAGCCUGGAUAACAAUGCACUGCAGUUCUUUCCCACUGAGACAAUGACACGACUUCCAGAAGUAACUCGCUUAGAGCUAAGCUACAACCCCAUGACCUACCUUGGAGAGGAGUCUGUAUCUAUGCCCAAGCUUACUCACCUCCUCCUGGAUCACAACUCCCUGCAAGAUUUUUCAAAUGCAGCUAUCCUGCUCUCUCCUCGUCUCGCUCAUCUGGACCUAAGCCAUAACCAGCUGCGCAUCCUGCAGCCAAUGGCCCCUGGCUCUCCCAAACUGACUCGCAUCAAUCUGGCAGGCAACCCCAUCUACUGCAGCUGCUACAUGCGGCCUCUGCGCGAGUGGGCGAUACGGGAGCGCGUUCGCCUGGGUGGUACAUGUGGAGGUCCUGCACAUCUGUCCGAUGAGAAUCUGGAAGCGGUACAGCCAGUUGAUUUGCGCUGUCAGAGCCAGGAGGCCAUGUUGAGGGCUGAGCUGGAGGAGCAGAGUAGACUGCCUACACUGCCCACAACCCCACCCCCAGAUAAAGUCAAAUGCCCAGCCAACUGUCAAUGUGAGGUGAGCGAAAACUUAAUAGCAGUGUAUAUCGGGCCUUUACUUCAAUAUGAUACAUAUGACCCUUCUAUUGUUCCUUCUGCUUCUAGGUGGAUUGAGCAGGUGAAUCUGAAAGUCAGAGCCACCUGUGGCCACCCUCCAGAACUCAGAGGUCAAAGGGUCAAAGACGUCCAUAUUUUUAAGAGCUGCCCAGGGGAAAAGCCUCCUACUCAGCACCCCAAACCAACUAAGGCCACAAAGACUGAAUCUGCUCUAAUCAGUCCUCCAAAAGUCAUUAAGAUAGUUAGAGCCAAAGGCAAAAGUGUAAAACCUAAAACAGUGCAGAAAAGGACCAUGAAGAAAAGGAAGUCAGUGUGAUCCUGCUGUAUUUACACUGCCGUUAUUGAUUUAAUCACCUCACAAUUUACAUCAGUGAGGGUGCUAGUUUAUUUUUGACUGUUUAAAAUGUAGAAUAAACCUGCUUAAUGCAGUUUUACUUUACAAGCGAUCAACAAUGCUGGUCAAUAAAAAUGAUAAUAUUAAUACUCUUUAAAACCCUUAAAAAACUGAUCUUACCUUGCGUGCUAUUAUAAAAAUGUUCUGUUUUCAACAUUUAUGAUGAGUCUUUAAAGGCUUAUGAUAUGAGCAGAUAUAUAAUAAAUUAAAAUGUGUCAUUUUAAUUCAGUAUCUUCCAUAUUACGGAAUGAUUCCGUAUUGCAAACAUCUACAUUUUAACUCUGUAAACUUCAAUUCUGUUGUGAAAAAUGAAUUAAAGUCAGAAAAAGCCUUAACACA